GAGAUUCCGGCAGGCCGGAGUCGGCUCCAGGUAAAGGCGGAAGGAAGGGCCGCCAGCGCAAUCGGCGGAAGGAGCCUUGGAAAGCGAAGGAGGCCGCAGGAAGCCGCCGCAACUCCGCAGAGGCGUCGUCAGCUCAGGAGGAUGCCGCGGACCAGGCUGCAAGUGAAGGCGGCUUGGACGCGGCAAGUCGACGUCCAUCUGACUUAGAUGCGCAGCCGGAUGCAGAGGACGCGUGGUCUGAUGCUGAGGAGCCUGUAGAAGAAGAGCCCGUGCAGGAAGAGCCUGUGGAGGAGCAGCCAGUAGAGGAGGAGCCUGUAGAGCAGCAGUGUGGAGAGAAGGAGCCUGCAGAGGGAGAGACGAUAGAGUCUGCGGAGCCUUCAAGGGAGACAGCGACCGCUUAG